AUGGGAGAAGGGGCCCAACGAAGGGAAGCAAGCUACCGAUCCGCGUGCACUGAAUGUGCUCGCCGCAAGCAAAAAUGCAACCGUGAGUGGCCUUGCAACGGAUGCCAGAAACGCAAGGUAGCCGACAAAUGUCGCUUUAAAGACACCAACCAGCUUGCGACUGAAAAAGCUGUCGACAGACAGCGAAAGAACCGACUCAUCAGUAAAACUAGUCCCGAUUCCAUCGAUUCCGAGCUCGAGGAUACUGCCAAUGAGGGGAUUAACGCCCUGGGCUAUAUGCCCUCGCAUCUUCUCUUUGAUCUCACGUCGAAAUACGAGACAAUGAAAGCAACAUCACAAGAGUUUCUAAAAGACCCCAAGAGUUUCCCACAGCUGGAACGGGCUCUGAGAAUUGUCCCAUCGAAGCCGUAUGCCGACAUACUUGUCCAAAACUUCCUUAACAAUGUUAAUUAUCACUACUACAUUAUCUAUCCGCCGUCUUUUAUAGAGCAAUAUCAGAGAUGGUGGGCUUCGCGAGCCGAGGAUCGACCACUGAGCGUUCAAUGGACUUGUCUCCUUCUCACAGUCUGCGCAUGCGCUUCGCAGUAUACCGAUGUCGAGCUGCAGUCGAAACUCGAAGCUGGCCUUGGCGACCCGAUUCAUCGCAUUACCGAACAAUACCACGAAGCUUCUCGAGAACUAGCAAGUUCAGUUCCUUUAGGCCACAGCCAUCUCAUCAACGUCCAGCAACUACUGCACUCUUGUUACUGGUUCAAGUCUGAAGCCCGAUUCAUCGAGUGCUGGCACGUGUUGAAUUCUGCGAUUCGAGAAGCUCAAGAACUCUCCGUCCACAAAGAAACAAAGGCUGGUCCUAUGCCCGAAUUCGAGUUGGAAAUGCGACGAAGAAUAUGGUGUAUCCUGGACACUUGGGACUGGCAAAUAUCUACACUUCUAGGCAGACCCUUGAUUAUUGAUCGAAGUGACUGUGAAGUUGACCUCCCAACUCUUAGCUUGGAAGGCUAUCAACACUCACCCUUAGCCCACAUGAAAAUACAGUCUGGGUUGAUCCGUCAAAUUUCUGCGAAGUUCGGCCAUACCAAGGACAUAACGGCCCAUGCGGAUGUUCAGGAAUACCAGAGAAUUGUUGAGACUUGGAUCAGCAGUUUCCCUCCUCCUCUCAGUGUCCACAAUCCGGAUCGAUCGUUAGAUGCCUCAUGCCCGUGGAUCAUCCUGCACAGACAUUUGAUACGUACCGUUGCAUUCACAAUGCUUCUUCAACCUAUUCGGGGAUUUCUGACAAAGCCAUUUGCCAUUCGAUCUUUGGAGGCAGAGCUGCAAAUUCGCAGUGACGGUAUUAGCUAUUGCCUGGAGCUAAUGACAUCUCUGCAUGGACUUUUCGAUCAUGUAUACCCACGAGACGCUAAUUACCAUUUUGUCUUGUUUUGCAUUUUCGAUAUUUCGACAGUCUUGUGUUCUGCAGUGCUUCAUGACGAGCAGCAUACACUCCCUCGGCGGGAAGAUGUUUACAAGGCUAUCGACGAGGCACACGCCAUACUGCAGAGCAUGAGAAUGGUGACCAAGUCAGCCAAGGCAUCAUAUGGGAUCUUGACUCGGAUCGUCCACCGUCUCCCCAGAACAUCGCGAACGUAUAGUAUGACAAGCAAAAGCCCCGAGGCGGUGGUGCCACAAGUUCCGGAAGCUGCUACAUCACCGCAGGUGACGCUUCCAGUCACGGCCCCGUAUCCGCAUAACUCACCCCCUACAACAACUUUCUCACCUUCACCGAUAAACAUACCCACUCCUGGAAUAACACCCCCGGUAUACUCUCUGUCCAAUGUUCCAACAAUAGCUGGUGACUUUGCAGUUCCUGCAGCAUACAAUGGCCUUUCACAGUGUGGCAACUGGCAACCGCAGUUAUACAUGCAGGACCCUGCCACUUUUGCGCCUACUCACGUUUCUGCUCAAGACACUAUGUUCGCGAAUAUUUCGGACGAGGAGCUUGGCGAGCUGGCAAAUGUUUGGAACUAUCAGUCCCUUGAUUUCAGCUUCAUAAGCUCCUAA